AUGGCCCCCAUCCCUGCCGAAAUCAAGGUCCAGGAGCCCAAGCGCACCGGCGAGGUCAGCAAAAAGUUCCACACCAAGGUCGUUAUCAUUGGCUCUGGUCCUGCUGGCCACACUGCUGCCAUCUACCUUGCUCGAGCCAACCUCGAGCCCACCCUCUACGAGGGUAUGCUUGCCAACGGUUUUGCCCCCGGAGGCCAGCUCACCACCACCACCGAGGUCGAAAACUUCCCUGGUUUCCCCGACGGUGUCACUGGUACCGAGAUGAUGGACAAGUUCCGUGCUCAGUCCGAGCGAUUCGGUACCAAGAUCAUCACCGAGACCAUUGCCCGUGUUGACCUCUCUGUCCGACCCUUCAAGUUCUGGACUGAGGGUGAGGAGGAGGAGGCCGACUUUAUGACUGCCGACUCUCUCAUCAUUGCCACCGGUGCUUCCGCCAAGCGUCUCUUCCUCCCCGGCGAGGACACUUACUGGCAGUCUGGUAUCUCUGCUUGUGCCGUCUGUGACGGUGCCGUCCCCAUCUUCCGAAACAAGCCUCUCGCUGUCAUCGGUGGUGGUGACUCUGCCGCUGAGGAGGCUACUUACCUUACCAAGUACGGUUCUCACGUCUACGUCCUUGUCCGAAAGGACGAGCUCCGAGCCAGUAAGAUCAUGGCCAAGCGUCUCAUUUCUCACCCUAAGGUGACUGUCCUCUGGAACACCGUCGCUACCGAGGCCAAGGGUGACGGUGACCUCCUCAACGCCCUUACCAUCAAGAACGUCAAGACUGGCGAGACCUCUGACCUCCCCGUCAACGGUCUCUUCUACGCCAUCGGCCACGAGCCUGCCACUGCCCUCGUCAAGUCUCAGCUCGAGCUCGACGCCGACGGCUACAUCAAGACCGUUCCCGGUACCGCCCAGACCUCUGUCCACGGUGUCUUUGCCGCUGGUGAUGUGCAGGACAAGAAGUACAGGCAGGCGAUCACCUCUGCCGGUUCAGGGUGUAUGGCUGCGCUCGAGGCCGAGAGGCUCAUCAGUGAAGAAGAGGCCGACGACGAGCAGCUCAAGACUGAGGAAGUCCACGUUCCUUCUCAGCAUUACAUGGGUACCGACAAGGAGUGA